ACUUAAUAAUUUAGUAUGUGCCGUAUAAAUUUGUAAUGUAAUCAAAAUAUGGUUGUAAGACUGUUGCUUUAAACUCUGUAACUUAUUUUAUUUUUAUGUAAUUAUCGUACACAUUGAGUGAUGCGAUCUUUUCUUAGACUUUUCUAUAUCAGUGUAUUUGUAUAGAGCGAAGGAAAAUGUCAACCGAGAGCCUUAAUAGUUUGAGCGACAAGGAGCUACAUAGAAAGCUAAUCCAGAGCGGUUUUCCCAGCACCCCGGUCACGGAGACAACAAGAUCGAUUUUAAUUGAAAAGUUGAGGAAGCACACCCGAGCGGACAAGCUUAAAAAGCGAAGCAGCAAGUACGUUCUGUAUUCCAAACAGCAGUUGGAGUCGCCAGGCUACCCACAGUUUCCUCAGUACCAGCCCCCUGGAUACGCGAAUGGGCUAGACAAUAAUAACGACGUAGAGCUGAGCCGCAGCUCCUCCAUUUUUAAUCGAAGUUUUGACGAGAGCGACUCGAGUCCGCUACACUUGUCUGCUUCCAAAAUGUACGCCCCACCGCCUGUGGUGGCCUCCAAUUACGAUGGGGAAUGCUCGCCCCACGGUUUAGGUCUUAAUGGCAAGUACCGACAGCAGUGCUCAUUACCGUACACUGUAGACACUUCGAAUAAUUAUGGAAAAUCCAGCGGCAAGGUCAAGAUGUCCGAUGGAGGCGUUGUAAACAGACUGCUCAGCUUUAGGGAUACAACUUUACAGCGAAAAAUCAAUUAUCCAACAACUCAGGCGUCGAGAAUCCCGCCUAGGAGCGAAAGACUUUCUAGAUUCGGUUUGUCGGACCUUAAAUCGUUUUUUAAAAACCCUGACAACCGACCAUACGUAAUACCAAAAGUGCUCAUUUUGCUGUUCUUAAUAUUUUUGACAAUAAUAACGGUUUUGUAUGUGGGAAAGAGGUUCGAGCAGAGUUCUAUUGACAAAACCGCUUUAAAGUAUACAUUAUGUAACCCCAACGACUUGCAAAUGGUCAGCGAAAGUGUUAAUUGCUUAGCAAAAGACUCGCUGAAAGGUGCGCUGGAUUUAAGCGAGGAACUCUUUAGACAUCUUAACGAGCGAGCCAGGCUUCAUCACUGCGAAGAUGCCAGUUUGUCGCCCACCCUUGAGGUUAGUGAGUUUGUGAGAGAAAUGGUCAGCAGUCCAAAGACUCACAGGGGAAAUCUGCACAGCAACCUCUUAGCUGCCAAAUAUCUUAUUGCUGAAAAUCCGCAGUGGAGCAUUGAAGUGGUGGAGUCUUCUAACCACAUUGGUCAGGGGGCAUACUUUGAGCUCUCCGAACCAAAUCUGCCCCUCAAGUGCAUUGCCAAAAAAAAAAUGACCCGCUUCUUCGCCGUGAUCGGGACGUUGGUUCUAUUGGUAGCUGCUUUUCUCGCCGUCUACUUUGCGGUGGUAAUUUACCGAGUCAAGCAAAAGGAAGCAUUGCUGGCGGUUGAUCAAUUUUCAAAGGACAUAAUCAACGAGCUGAUUUACUUAAGUUCCCAGUCCGAGAGUCCUGAGGUGAUCAUAAGUCAGCUGCAGGAUAAAUUCUUGCCCGCCAAGAAGCGCACUAAGAACCUGUCUGCGUGGAACAAGGCUCUCAAGCAGCUGGAAAAUAACGACAGCCGUGUGCUGUUUGGAAUGGUAAAUCGCGACGGAAAGGCGAUGCGCACGAUUGCGUGGAACCGGAACCUGGACAAAAAGGAUCUGAGUCUGGUGAAAAAAUGGCAGAGUCCCGCCUUCGACAACUCAAACAAGAUUGUUAAUCCACCGACGCCUUGCCUAAAAAUACGACACAUGUUUGACUCCUCAGAGGUCGAUCAGGCCAACCUUAAGCAGUCCAUUGUGGAGUCGAUCAUUGAAAAGGUUGGCUCUCGCUGCAAGAUCUGUGACGUCCAGCUAGACAUUCAGUCCUGCUGCGUAUACAUCCGAUGCGCCAGCGAGGAGGACGCAGGCAUUAUUCACAACGAGAUCAACGGCUGGUGGUUUGACAAGCGCCUGAUUUCGAUUAAAUUUCUAAGACUUGAACGCUAUUUAAGCCGUUUCCCCAAGCCCUCAACAGAGCCACUCUACUUUCACACCAGCGCGGUAGCAAAAAACACUCACUCAUAAACACACAACUCUACACUAGAUAUUUAAGUUAUUAAAUGCGAAUUUGUUUUACAUGUA